CUAUCCCCAUUUCCCCACUUCUACCGAUCCCUCUCAUCCGCCGCCUUCCCUUCUGCCUCACUCGCGAGCACCCGAGCUCGCCUCCUCGACACUGCGCUCCUUUCCCCUCGCCAGACCUGGCCGCGUCCACACCGCCCCCGAUCCCUCCCAUUCCUCCUCCCUGGCCGCGUCGACUGCCCGGAUCUCCGCGCCCAGAUCGCCGGGACACCCCCUCCCCUUGAGCAUCUGGCGUCCUGACCGCGCCGGACUCCUCACUCUCGGAAUCAGGUGGAUGCUAUUUGCAGGCUGAUAAAGACAACUAACUUUGUUGAUCCUGUGGGCAAGAAGUAUGAUCCGGCCCAGCUCCAAGGAGUCACUUAAUUAUGACAACAAUAGCCAGAAAGUUUAUCCUCAACCCAUUGAUGAAAAUAUGAAUCAGAACAUGGGCAGUAUGAUUGGAAGAAUAUUCAACAACAUAUCCUCUUUAAAGGCUGCAUACAUUCAGCUGCAGGAAGCUCACACCCCAUACGACCCAGACAAAAUACAAACUGCUGAUAAGCUUGUCAUAGAUGAGCUCACAAGCCUUUCAGAACUCAAACAUACUUACAGAGAGAGAAAUCCUAAGCCAGUGGCAGCAUCACCGCAAGAUUCACGCUUGCUUUCUGAAAUACAGGAGCAGCAGAACUUGUUAAAGACAUACGAGGUCAUGGUAAAGAAGUUCCAGUCCCAGAUCCAGAAUAGAGAUACUGAGAUUAUCCACUUACAGCAGCAAACCGAUGAGGCCAAACAUCGGAAAACAAAACUGGAGAAGAAAUUGAAACAAAGGGGCUUACUUAACAAGGAGUCAGAGGAAUCUGAUGAAGAAGAGAGCUAUUUCUCUGUUGAGCUGACACCAAGCUUGUUUACAUCUACUGCUGAUAAUGCAUACCAAUCAAUACAUGAGUUCUCAAAGCCCUUGAUCAACAUGAUGAAAGCUGCAGGUUGGGAUCUUGAUGCUGCUGCUAACGCGAUUGAACCUGAUGUAGUUUACACAAGGAGAGCUCACAAGAAGUAUGCGUUUGAGUCCUAUAUCUGCCAGAGAAUCUUCAGUGGUUUCCAUCAAGAGAACUUCUCGAUCGAUGCUGCUAAUGCCACUGUUUCCAAUGAGGCUUUCUUCCAUCAAUUCCUCGCAGUACGAGCCAUGGAUCCUUUGGAUGUAUUGAGCCAAAACCCAGAUUCAGUUUUCGGUAAGUUCUGCAGAAGCAAAUACCUAUUACUUGUGCACCCAAAGAUGGAAGGUUCUUUCUUCGGCAAUAUGGAUCAGAGAAACUACGUCAUGAGUGGCGGGCAUCCAAGGACACCUUUCUAUCAGGCAUUUCUCAAGUUGGCGAAGUCCAUAUGGUUGUUGCACAGGCUGGCCUACUCUUUCGACCCAAAGGUCAGGGUCUUCCAAGUGAAGAAGGCAAGCGAGUUCUCGGAGAUUCACAUGGAAAGUGUUGUGAAGAACAUCAUCUUGGAUGAGAAUGCCGAGAGGCCUAGAGUCGACUUGAUGGUGAUGCCUGGUUUCUUGAUCGGGACUAGCGUCAUACAGUCUCGAGUGUACCUUUCUGGUGUGAAGUGUGCCGACUGAUAAGUGUUAGGGUUGCCUGAGAAGAUUCCGGGCGUUUCACACAUCCUGCAAGAUCAUCGUACAUCUUGUAUGUAAUGCCGCCUCUCCAAAAUGUUAUUUGUAUGAAAUGUGGUAGCAACACCUUUUCAUAAAAAACAUAGUAUGCUUUGGUCAUUCGAGGACUGUAAUGUGUGCUUUGUCUGUUUUGUAAUAUAUGUAAAUCCUGUCUUUGGUCUACAUAUAAGUUAUGAAAAAUUGUCAA